UUCAUAAUAUCUCUUUCUUGUCUUUGUUGAGAAGCUGUGAAAUUUAGAUCCUUUGAGCAGGUAAUUUUUACCCCUUGAAGAAUUCCCCUAGAAUUGGAAGUCAAAAUUUCAUCGCUUCACAAAUACAACAAAAGUAGCAGUAUAUAAUUUCAGAGAUUUCUUCAAUUCCCCAUCCAUCGAUCGAAUUCCAGGUAUCUGAGAUUCCUAUUUAUUGGAGAUGGUACUUUCUCAGAAAAUUCACGAUGCUUUCAAGGGCACAGUAGAGAGAAUCACGAGCCCUCGCACUGUCUCAGCCUUUAAGGAAAAAGGCGUGCUUAGUAUCAAUGAAUUCAUCGUCGCCGGCGAUAACCUUGUCUCCAAGUGUCCGACCUGGUCCUGGGAAUCAGGUGAGCCAAGCAAGAGGAAGUCAUAUCUACCUCAAGAUAAGCAAUUCUUAAUAACUAGAAACGUUCCUUGUCUUCGUAGAGCUGCCUCGGUUGAAGAAGAAUAUGAAGCUGCUGGGGGUGAAGUUCUUCUUGAUAAUGAGGAUAAUGACGGAUGGCUGGCAACUCAUGGGAAGCCUAAAGAUACCAAGAGCGACGAAGAUGAAAAUCUACCUUCCAUGGAGACACUAGAAAUCAGCAAGAGAAACACAAUCCAAGCAAUCUCGUCAUACUUUGGAGGUGAGGAAGAGGAAGAGAUUCCAGAUAUGACAGAAUUUGAAGAUGCCGAUAACAUCAUUGAGAAUGAUGAUCCUGCGAUUCUUCCAACUACGUACCUCAUGGCUCACGAGCCUGAUGAUGACAAUAUUUUAAGAACCCGAACAUAUGAUGUUAGCAUUACGUAUGACAAGUACUAUCAAACUCCUCGUGUAUGGCUCACUGGAUAUGAUGAGUCGAGGAUGCUUUUGCAACCAGAACUUGUUCUUGAAGAUGUUAGUCAAGAUCAUGCACGCAAGACAGUGACAAUUGAGGACCAUCCGCACUUGCCUGGGAAACAUGCUUCUGUCCAUCCAUGCCGUCAUGGGGCUGUGAUGAAGAAAAUCAUUGAUGUUUUGAUGUCACGAGGUGUUGAGCCAGAAGUUGACAAGUACCUCUUCUUAUUCUUGAAAUUUGUGGCGUCCGUGAUUCCAACCAUUGAAUAUGAUUACACGAUGGACUUCGACAUGGGUAGCUCUAGCACUUGAUUUCGAGGAAAGUGCAUUACCAAAUGCAUUCUGCUUUCAUUUAUGCACGGUACGGCAUAAUGAGUAAGCAUAAAUUGUCUUAUCAUACACCGGAUGCUGGUUUAUAUAAUCAUCUACGACGUUUUAGAAGAACUGUGUUCUCCCCAAAAAAUGAAUCAAAUUGUGUUGUUGAAUUUUUUGCAUUUUAUUGCUAUUUAGUUCGUUAAAUCAUUUCUAUCUUUUUU